AGUCAAAUCUCUAUUCUCUUGUUCUCAGUGCUGUAAUGGAUUUUCUCUUUUGUGCUUCUUUACUAUCAUAUAAAUGAGAUUUAAGGAAGGAUUUAAUUCAGUCUCACCCUGAAUUUUAACUGAUGUUUGUAACUCCUUAGUCAGCUCUUAUUUUUCUUUAUUCAGCUUUCAAGAAAACAAGACAUUUAAGUUUCUCUUCUUUGGGUGUCAAAAGCCUCAGGUCUGCCCAAGGUCUGGGUUUCAUUUUCAUUUGCUUUACCUAUUUCAGGGUUCAAAAAACUUUAUAACUUACCAAAAAGGUGUGCUCUGUCUAUUUAAUUUCUAUGUCCCUUUUUGUUAGGAAUAACUUGACUUUCUGUACCUGUAUCUUUCUGCCAGUCAUAUUUCGCAGCUGCUUUUGCAGUAUCUUUUUCUUCUUAGCUCUGAGAACAGGAAAGAACAGUAAAGGAAGGGGGAAGCAAAAGUCUGGGGAAGCUCCUAAGGUUGGUACUAUUCUAGGCAGGGAAAGCUGAGUUCCUGUUUGCCUGAUGCAUGAUUAAAUUGAAUAUGAAGGGAUGCUUUUACUCAGGUCCACCUUCUCAUAACCUGCCACCUACUUUUGGAGAGUCUUGCCUCUCCAGUACCUCCCACUGUCUGUCUUUGUGAACAUAUUAAGAUCAUUUGAAUGAAAGAGGUUUAGAAAACAAGAUGACGGUAGGUAGAACGAAAAGAAUUAUAAGGCAUGUUCUUAACCUUCAAGAAGCUUACAGUCUGGUUAGGAAUACUACAUUUUAAGGCACAUGAAACAAUAAGUUUUAAGUGGUAUAUUAACUGUAAGUGGAGUAAGAAUUCUGCAGAAGUCAGGAAAAGCUAGGGCUUGAGUUGGGUUUUAAAUAGGUUGAAUUUAGGAGGAGAGAAGCCUGACAAAGGAAUAAAGAAGAUGGCAGGAGGUUCAGGGUUCAGAAUUAGAAUAAAACAGAGAAACUAGGAGAACUGCAUGGGAUGACUGAAGACUACUUAAAUGGAUAGAUAGGGAUCAAACUUGUAAUUCCUGAGAUGGACAACAGGACUCCAUAGUGACUUUCUAAUGGAUAUUUUACACCUUCUGGAUAGAGUGGGUAUGCAGAGAGGUAUAAAUGGAUCAGAGAAGUAGGUGUUGGAUUCAGAGCUACAGGGAGUCAGCAUUGUCUGACCCACUAUACCACUCUGCUUUUUUAGGAUGGGAGGAUAAAAAGUUGGAGAAGGCUGAAGAAGAAGGGAAGAACUGUUAAGGGGAGUCACUAGUUUUUAAAAUUGUAAUCUUGGAAAAUAUGAUUGCCAUCAUUUUCCGUUUAGGUGAUUUCCCACAGUCAGUAUCAAAAAUCCAAAAGAGUUUCCAUCUUUCUGAGCAUGCAAGAUGAAAUUGAGACAGAGGAGAUCAUCAAGGACAUUUUCCAACAAGGCAAAACCUGCUUCAUCCCACAGUACCAGUUCCAGAGCAACCACAUGGAAAUGGUGAAAUUAGCAUCACCUGAGGAAAUUUCUUUGCUUCCCAAAACGUCCUGGAAUAUUCACCAGCCUGCUGAGGGUGAGGUUCGGGAGGAGGCCUUGUCAACUGGGGGACUUGAUCUCAUCUUCAUGCCGGGUCUUGGGUUUGACAAACAUGGCAACCGCUUGGGGAGGGGGAAGGGCUACUAUGACACCUACCUGAAGCGCUGUCUGCAGCAGCAGGAAGUGAAGCCCUACACCAUGGCCUUGGCUUUCAAAGAACAGAUCUGCCUCCAGGUCCCAGUGGAUGAAAGUGACAUGAAGGUAGACGAAGUUCUUUAUGAAGACUCAUCAACAUCUUAAGUCCAGAUGACUACAGGCAAAUAAUAAUCAAUGUUUUGUACCAGAAAAAACCAAAAUAUAUGUAUUUUCCCUUGUCAAAAAACAAUUGAAAUUGCACACUUAUGUGGAUAUGGACAGCAUUUUUUUAAGUGUAAUUAUAAAAUAUCUAACAUAAAACCAUCUUUAAAAA